AUGACAAUCCUUUCAACUGUCUGUACUAAAUUACUUUGUACGAAUGCACAUCUCGGCCGUCGGGUAGCAGCUACCCAUUUGAAAGUCUAUAUCCGUGGUUUUAGAAAUGGAAUUGCUAUUCUCGAUUCAGACAAGACACUGAUUUGUUUACGAAACGCUAUUCAUUUUAUAGGAUCUCUCAUUCGUAAAAAAGGCCGUUCCUUCUUUUUAAAGACUAAUCAUUUCUUUAUAUAUUCGAUAAUGGAAAAAAUGUGGAGCUGUAUCAAUGAUUCUCAAUGGAAGAUCGGGGCUUUUUUGACCAAUUCUUAUGCUAAUCCUAAGAAAUUCCGUUCAAGAAAGAAUCAAAUCCAUUUUGGGUUGAACCAACAACCUGAUUGUGUGGUUAUUCUUCAUCCAGAUAGAAAGUCAUCGGUCAUACUGGAAGCUGAUCGAUCACUAAUACCUAUUGCAUCCUUAGUUGAUUCUACGAUCCCAUGCGAAUUCUAUAAAAGAAUCAAUUAUCCCAUCCCUGCGAAUGAUCCUAUACUGUUCGUAUAUCUAUUUCGUCAUUCGAUCACGAAAACAGUGAUUCUUGAACGGAAAAGAAUCAACAAGAAGCCUCGUUCCCAUUUCUCUUUUUGUACGGAGAAGUCCCCCGCUGGAAUAAUAAUCCACUCCAGAAAAGUGUCUUCUUGGACGGAGUUAGGAUCAGAACUUCUCCCUGUAGUGGCCAACUACUUGCAAAUUUAUAGCGAAGGUGCGGAGAGUGUACCGCAGCCACAAGGGGGGGCAGCUCAAGUAGUUCAGGGGACGCCAACGCCAGCCCCACAAGAGUGGACCACCCCCCUUGUGCCACCUUCUUGUUACUCGCUGACCGGGUAUGUGGAGGAUUGGGUUGCUUCCAAUCCUACUUUCAUGAGUGAUGUUUUAAAUUAUAAUACGGUGGGGCGGAGCUCUUUAGUUCACUCCUCUGGCUUUCCAGCAGCUUCAGGUAGCGGGCCCUCCCUUAACCCUGCUGGGGUCGAGGUAGUCGUCGAGCCUUCAAUUCAUCCGGCACCCACUGGGAACUUCCAGCUGGGCCCUCUCACAAAUCAAGAGGAGGAAAGGCUCAAAACAGCUUUAAACUAUAAAAAAGAAAUAGCUACUCUCUUGAAGAACAUCGCAAUACAUAAUGGAGAGAACUUCCAAAAUGAAACCCCCUACGAUCUAGCGGAGGCUUCCCUUAACUGGGAAGACUGCUUAUGCCCCGAAAGGCUGAGCCGAAUCAAAAAAAGCCUGGAAUUCCACCAACAGGAAUCUUCCUUUUAUAGACAGACGGUUAGGUGGGUCACAGCCGAAAGGCGGGUUAGGAGAGGGCAGCAAUGA